AUGUCUAGAAGACUUCCAAUUUCUGUGUACAAAAGGAUAAAUACACAGUCAUUUAAAAGCAAUCCAUAUAUUUUCAACAAAAAUUUAAAUGAUAAAUGUAAAUUCCCAAAUGAUAUAGAAAAUAAUACCACAUCGCAAGCUUUAGGAAGUAUAACAACACAUCCUUCAGUUAAACUUCACCCAGCCUUAAAGUAUUCACUUGUAACAAAUAACCUUCUAACCAAGUUAAAUGAGAUCCAAGAAUCUUCAUACCUUUCAAUUGUUAGUGGAAAGGAUGUUACAAUUCACUCUCCAGCAGGUACUGGAAAGACCAUCGCAUAUUUACUUCCAAUAUUAAAUAAUGUGUACCAUAUUCACGACAUGCUUGAAAAGUUAAUGUUUAAAAAUGACACUCCAGGCUCCAAAUAUGAUGAAGAAUUACGUAAUUUAUCAAUGGCUUGGAAUAAAAGGCUUGGUCACUCUCUACUUCCUUCCAAUAUAGUUAACUACCGACAAGAUAUUGAUGAACUCAAAUCAUUAGGUAACAAAAUGUUUGAAAAAUACAAAGAUGGUACUACUCUGGACAAGUUACUGGAUGUCCUACAUCUACAUGAGCCUAGGAGUAUGAAGAUGCUAGGCCUUCCAACAGUUCCAAUGAAGAUUUGGAAAAAGAGGUCAAAGAAUUCCAUUUACAGAAACAUAAUGUCAAAUCCCCUGGGAUCAGUUCGUUGUGUAGUUAUUCUAGUUCCAAACAAGGACCUAGUAUCACAGGUCAUAUCUUACAUUAACAAGAUCGACAUUCUCGGGAGAGUUUCAGUACAGACACUGUCAAGUGUAUGUUUAUCUCCGACCGCGAACACUUCAGAAACUAAUAGUCAAAUUGAAAAAGGAGAGAAUGUUGGAAAAUCUGAUAUAGGAGAUGAUAAAACUGGUUUUGGAACAGAGGAACGUGAUAAUAAUAAUUUUGAACGGGAAAUCCAGAAUAUAUUUUACGAGGACCAAUUGAAAAUGAUUGAGAACUUUCCAGUUAAACAAGUGGAGGAAACGGAGGUUGAAACAAUGUCUAUCAACAUGCCUAACAGAGUUAAAAAGAUAAAGACCAAAACUGAAAUAAAUGACUACUCAAUUGAUGGACUGGUUCCCGAUACAAUCAGUUAUAGAAAACAACCACUAAUAACUUCAGACAAUAUACAGUGGGGGUGUGUUGACAUUGUUGUUAGUACUGUACAGAAUUUUGUUUUCGAAGUUUUAAGCUUUACAAGAAGGGGGAUUUACCCGAUUUGCGUAGUUUUCGACGAGGUGGACAUGCUCUACGAGAACAACGCAACCAGGAGCAGUGUGUUUGAAAUCAUUUCAAAGCUUCGACCUAGACCGAGAACUUAUAAUCCGCUGGUGGAUGUCCAAAAGAGAACUUCAAAGGCUCCACCGCCUGUACAGAUAAUAAACGUAGCAUCGACUAUCAAUUUUGGAGGACUGCAAACGUGUGGAAGUAUGAUUUUUGAGAGGUUUAAUACCAGUAAGCUGGUCUUUUCCGAUCAAAACCAUGUCAUUAGCUCAGACUUAGAAUUUGAGAAAACUAAUUCUAACCAGAAGCUAGACUGCCUAGUUAAACUUAUUGUAAACAACCCGGUUAAAAAAACGCUGAUAUACUGCAAUUCUCUUAAGAACUGUAAAUUAAUCUAUGAUACGCUUAGGAAACAUGAUUGGCCGGUUUUAUCGUUUCAUAGAAAAUCAGCGCUGGCCACAAGACUUGCAAUCCUGAAAACGUUUGAAGACGAUGAGCCCAGAAUUCUAGUUGGAACAGAUCUUGUUACUAGGGGAAUUAACGUAUCUGGAGACCACAUAAUUAAUUAUGACUUUCCAACCUCUUCAUCAACAUUCUUCCACAGAAUUAAAGGUCCAAAGGCCAAGGUUACUAGUAUAAUGACGGAGGAUUCUGAGCUUUCUGAUCAGAUUACUCAUUUUGCCGGAAAUAAGAAACCCAUAAAUCAGAUCCUUUCGAGGAAAAGGUCACUUAGGAAGAGUCUAGACCGAAUAAAAUUUGAAAAGAUGGCUAGUCUUGUACAAUCUCAUCGGAAAAUGGGUGAUAAAGUGGCUGAUAGGGGAUUCUUCAAUUCAAGAUUAGUAAUUGAGAAGGAAGUUCCAGGUGAUUCAAAGUAUAGAAGAAUUCCUCUAAAAAAGAGACUAAUAAGCAUCUUAAACAACUUUAACUAA